CCCGCAUGGAGAUGUUUCGUCUCAAGCUACCCAAUUUCAGUCUCGGCCAUUUUGGUGAUUUCGUUGUGCAAUAUAAGAGCCCCCAAUAUGGGUGCCUUGCAGCUUUCCAGGUCCUUGUCAUGUCUUUCACUGCGCUCCCUUCGACUGACUUUGGUGGUGCCUUCACUUCCUAUCCCGAGACGAAACCCCCGGCAUACUCGAGGGAUGUGAUAUCCACAUUAACUAGGACCUCUAACCCGGACAGGCUCUAUCCUGAGAGCAAUAUUGCACUCAUAACAUUCCCAGAUCAUGAGCACUUCAUGCAGUGGCGCAGGUUCCUCGUGCAGGACAUCCGAUAUGGUCGAAAAGGGAAAGCUAUUGAACAUUUGUGGGAGGAGCGAAAUACAUAUGUUGUCUACGAUUUAAUGUACCCCGCUAUAUGGGAGGAGCUCGUAUCUGACCCUGACUGGUGUCCCUUCCGCCAGUGGGGUCCUGAGAGGGUGCUCGAGGAUCAGGUCUAUGUCAGGAAUGUCCUUUGGCUUCCCGCAGAGAGGAAUGUUCCCUCUGCUCUUAUUUCCCCGCAAACUAGGCAGAUGAGCAGGGUUUUCUCCUCACCUGCAAUGACUCCGUUGACGCCCGAGUUUGUCGGUAGAUUUAAGGCAAAGCCCACUCAGAUUCUCAGGCUCGAGAGACUGGGAUUAACCGGUUGGGCUCGCUCCCAUAGCGCUAGCUCGGACGAUUCGUCUACAAAUUCCUCUUCAUCGGCUGGACAGAGUUCCUCGGGGCUCCAUGCAUAUGCAUCACAAUCCUCUAUACGCCAUCUAGGACCUGACCCUGCAGAAAUUUUGUUGGAACAGAUGUUUUGCGUUGAUUGGGAAAAUGCGGGUCCCAAUUCUAUACUCCACCAAGACAACGAUGUACCAUCGUCUCCGCGUUCGCACCCUAUGCGAGGGCUCCAUUCACUCAUGGAGGAACCUGUGUCGCCUACGUCUGGGGAACCCUUCCUGUUUCCCCUACUUCCGGAGAGGUCAUCAUCAGUGCCUUCCCUCGAAGGGGUUUACAGCAUUGAACGUGACGAACCCUUGUUUUCCGAUAAAAGCGCAUCGGAGAAUUUCCAUGAUCUCUACGUGUCAGAUCUUCCACCGAUGAAUGAUUCCGGUUCAUACUCUGGCUACGCCUCUGACUAUCUCUCCGACUACGUGAUUGUUCACUCGCCCGAACCGAUCGAUCGACUUUUUGUGAAUAAUUCGUAUUUUCACUCCUGGAUUUCCUAUUCCCAUGCUUACAAUCAUAGACUCGAUCACUGAACUGGAGGAGGCAACAACAUUUGCCAUUCUUUC